AUGAGUGAGGGGAAGCUGGGAGAGGAGCUCCCCAAUUCAGGAGGAGGCGGCUUCAGCCUCACCACUGUCUCCCACCCCAUCGCCUCCUUCAGGAAGAUCCCCCGAAAGCCCAUGCUGCUCACUCAGUGGGCACAAACCAGCGCAGAGCCUUAUGGGUUUCCUCCAGACAGGGGAAGAAGCAGAGGAGAGAAGGUGGUGAGACCUGGAAUGGGGGACAUCCCAGGCAGAGGGAGAGCCCAGAGGAGGUGCCUGAACAAGCCGGGACCAUCUGAGAACUAUAAGCUGAGACCAGAAGGCCCAACCAGCAGGGGCAGUCUGGCCUACAGCAAGGACCUUGAGGAAGAAAAGAACUCAGCGUUCACCUGGGAAGUGAAGGCCAACGACCGGACUUACAAUGACCAGUUCAGGGAGAAGGCCUUCCUGUGUUGGCAGAGGAAGAAGUACAAGGACAACACCAUCCACACGGCCAAGUACAACUUCUUCUCCUUCCUGCCCUUAAAUCUGUAUGAGCAGUUCCACCGAAUGUCCAACGUCUACUUCCUUUUUAUCAUCAUCCUCCAGGGCGUCCCCGAGAUCUCCACACUGCCGUGGUUCACCCUCUUCACUCCCUUCGUCUCUCUGCUCGUCAUCCGGGCCACUCGAGACCUGGUGGAUGACAUUGGUCGACACAGGAGUGACCGGACCGUCAACAACAGGCUGUGCCAGGUGCUGGUCGGGAAGAGCUUUCUGUGGAAAAAAUGGAAGGACCUGUGUGUGGGGGACCUCGUUCGUCUGCACAAAGACAACAUUGUCCCGGCCGACGUGCUCUUGCUGGCCAGCACGGAGCCCAGCAGCCUGUGCUAUGUGGAGACAGCCGACAUUGAUGGGGAGACCAACUUGAAGUUCAGACAGGCCCUGACGGUCACACACCAUGAGCUAACCAGCAUCAGGAACAUGACUUCCUUUCAAGGCAAGGUGGUGUGUGAAGAACCCAACAGUCGAAUGCACCACUUAAUGGGACACUUGAAGUGGGAGGGCAAGAAAUACUCCCUGGACAGUGGCAACAUCCUUCUACGAGGCUGCAAGAUCCGGAACACAGACACCUGCUACGGAAUGGUCAUCUAUGCCGGUUUUGACACAAAGAUCAUGAGGAACUGUGGCAAGAUCCAUCUGAAGAGAACCAAGAUAGAUCGUCUGAUGAACAGGCUGGUGAUGCUGAUCUUUGUGUUCCUGGUGCUGAUCUCUAUGGCUUUGACCUUGGGCUUCCGGGACAUGGUGACAGAAUUCAAGGCCAAGCACCACUACGUGGCUGAGAAGCACGUGCACAGUGUGACCACCGAGUCUUUCCUCAACUCCUGCAGCUUCCUCAUCCUGCUCAGCGUCAUGGUGCCCAUGUCCACGUUCUUCACAGCUGAAUUCAUCCACUUGGGGAACAGCAUUUUCAUCAACUGGGAUGUGCAGAUGUAUUACGAGCCCCAGGACAUGCCUGCCAAAGCCCGCAACACCAGCCUCAGCGACCAGCUGGGCCAGGUGGAGUACGUCUUCUCCGACAAGACAGGCACGCUCACACAGAACAUCAUGACCUUCAGGAAGUGCUGCAUCGACGGCAUUGUCUACGGCCCCGACGAGGAGGAGGCCCUGCGUAAGGAGAGCCCCUACCUCUGGAACAAAUUUGCCGAUGGGAAGCUGCUCUUCCAAAAUGCGAGGCUCCUGGGUACUGUGCGGAGCAACGAGGACAGGAUGGUGCGGGAGUUCUGGCGCCUGCUGGCCAUCUGCCACACAGUGAUGGUGCAGAAGAAAGACAACCAGCUGUUGUACCAGGCAGCUUCCCCUGAUGAGGAGGCGCUGGUCACAGCAGCCAGGAAUUUCGGCUACGUGUUCCUGGCGCGCACGCAGGACAGCAUCACGGUGGUGGAGCUGGGGGAAGAGCGGGUGUAUCAGGUCCUGGCCAUGAUGGACUUCAAUAGCGUCCGAAAGCGAAUGUCCGUGCUGGUCCGAAACCCCGAGGGCUCCAUCUACCUCUACACCAAAGGCGCAGAUAUUGUCCUCUUUGAUCGCUUGUGUAAGAAAGGCUUGGAAGAGUGGACCACCACGGAAGAGGCCUUAAUGUCCUUUGCCAAGCAGACCCUGCGCACGCUGUGCCUGGCCUACAAAAAGGUGGAUGAGGACACCUAUGUGGAGUGGCGCCAACGGCACCAGGAGGCCAGCGCCCUUCAUCAGAACCGGGCCCGAGCCCUGCACCAGGUGUAUGAGGAGAUGGAGCAGAACCUCCAGCUGCUGGGAGCCACAGCCAUUGAGGACAGGCUCCAGGAUGGCGUCCUGGAAACCAUCCAGUGUCUCAAGCAAGGGAACGUCAAAGUGUGGGUACUCACGGGAGACAAGCCAGAGACAGUGGUGAAUAUCGGCUUUGCCUGCCAGCUCCUGUCCGAGGACAUGCUCAUUCUGGAGGAGCAGGAGAUAGCUCAGGUCCUGGAGGCCUACUGGGAGAGCAACAACAACCUGCUGAGCGGCAAGGGCUCCCUGAAGAACCAGCUCCAGGUCAAGAUGGCCAUGGUCAUUAGUGGAGAGUUCCUGGACCGGCUGCUGCUCUCUCUGAGCAAGGAGCCCCGGGUGCUGGUCCAAAAUGUGAACAUGGACGCGGAGGAGUCCUGGCAGGAGCCAGGCGAGCGGAGGACAGACUUCCUGCAGGCCAGGCACACCUCUCUGAGGGGGCAGACCCUCAGGACCUGGCUGGGAAGCGUAGGGCUGGUGCCACAGAACAAAGAGUCCAACACACACGAGAGCCCCCAGGUGCGACGGGAGCGGGCCUUCGUUGAACUGGCCUCGAGGUGCCGAGCGGUCAUCUGCUGCCGGAUGACACCCAAGCAGAAGGCCUUGAUCGUGGAACUGGUCAAGAAAUACCAGAAUGUGGUGACCCUGGCCAUCGGGGAUGGUGCCAACGACGUCAACAUGAUCAAGACCGCGGACAUCGGCGUAGGGCUGGCAGGCAAGGAGGGCACGCAGGCGGUGCAGAACAGCGACUACAUGCUGGCCCAGUUCUGCUUCCUGAGGCGGCUGCUGCUGGUGCAUGGCCGCUGGUCCUACAUGCGAGUCUGCAAGUUCCUGCGCUACUUCAUCUAUAAGACGCUGGCCAGCAUGAUGGUUCAGAUCUGGUUCGCUUUCUACAGCGGCUUCACUGCCCAGCCGCUGUAUGAAAGCUGGUUCUUGGUGCUCUUCAACCUGCUGUACACCUCUCUCCCGGUUCUGUACAUCGGGCUCUUCGAGCAGGACGUGAGCGCCGAGCAGAGCCUGGAGCUGCCCCAGCUGUACAGCGCUGGUCAGAAGGAUGAGCUCUUCAACUACUGGGUCUUCCUCCAAGCCUUCACCCACGGCACGGCCACCUCCCUAGUCAACUUCUUCAUGACCCUGUGGAUCAGCCAGGGCAUGUCUGAGCCCUUCAGUGACUAUCAGUCUUUUGCCGUGGUUGUGGCCCUCUCGGGCCUGCUGUCCAUCACCAUGGAGGUCAUCCUCAUCACCAAGCACUGGACAGUCUUGUUUGUGCUGGCCAUUGUCUUCAGCCUCUGCUUCUACAUGGUCAUAACUUGGGCUAGCCAAAGCUUCUGGCUCUUCAAUAUUGCCCCCAAGAGCUUCCCUUUUCUGUAUGCUGACCGAAACGUGCUGUCCCACCCCUCCAUCCUGCUGGUGGUCCUGCUGAAUGUGUCUUUAAACACCCUGCCUGUCCUGGCCUUGCGUGUCAGUUACCAAGCUUUUAAGAAGAAACACCCCAAGGAGGAGAAGGAGGCUCCGGCUGAGGCGAUCGCUGCGGAGUCCCUGCCCUACUUACGCCGGGAGUCACGUGCCCGGCGCUCCAGCUAUGCCUUCUCGCACCGGGAAGGCUAUGCAGACCUCAUCACACAGGGUACCAUUCUGCAGAGGUCACCAGGGGUCAACAGUGACACACUGGCUGAUCACUCUGUCCCAUGUGAUGCAGAACUGGCCCCAAGCACCAACGAGUCACCCUGGUACCAGAGGAGCCUGUCGUUCCUGGGGAAGAAGAGGCACCAGCACCAGGGGAAGGCAUCCUCCGAGAGUGUGCAGCCCCCUCCGCAAUGA